AUGGAAAACGGUGCAUCAUCUGAAGGCAAAGACCCGUCCACAUUCCUCGGCGAGAUCAUUGGCGCACCUGUCACAGUGAAAUUGAAUUCAGGUGUUGUCUAUAAAGGGGAACUCCAAUCAGUUGAUGGCUAUAUGAACAUUGCCUUGGAAAGGUCCGAAGAGUUUGUGAAUGGGAAUUCAAGACGGAAGUAUGGCGAUGCUUUUGUUCGGGGGAACAAUGGUUUGUCAAUCCUUCGUGACUGAUAUGUUUUCAUUUCUAAUGAUUAUUUGCACAUUUAAGUACUUUACAUCUCUGCGGAUUGAAUUGCAUCAGGCUUCUAUUCUGAUAAAUUUGCUGCAAAUCCACAGCAAUCAUGUCAACCCCCAUUAUACAUGAGAUAUUGUGACCAAGACAUCUAUUUUAUGAAAUGGUUUGUAAAUUCUGAUUUGAUCUUACUAAACUGCAGGUAGAAUACUUUGUAAUGUGUUGUGUUAGGAUGUGAAUCCUGUGCUCUUUUUUCAAGGCAAAUUUGGUGUUAUGGCUUCUGGCUUGUUAGUCUGAUUUCCCAACACUUUUGUUAGAGAAUACUCUACACUCGGAACAUUUUACUCCUGUAGCAGAUAUC